AUGGCCGUCAAACGAAAGGCUAGCACGCUAGAGGCGCCAAAUUUGAAGCGAAGAACACGAUCCAGUGGCGCCGUUGUGGAACCUCUGGACUCACUCCCGGCGACUCCUACUAAAGUGAUUAGAACGUACGGGUCCGGAAGAACGCGAACAGUCUUGGCUCAAACACAGAGGGAGAACGAAGCUGAUAUACUGGAAGGCGACGAAGGGUCGCGCGAAAUACCACAUGAAAAUUCUAUCGACAGCGAAAGCGGCUCGGAGGAUGAACUUAUGCUUUCGCCCUCAAGACCAUCGAGAAACGCGAGGGUGACACGCACGGGCACACCUUCGUCUAGGCGAGUCAUGGAAUCCGUCGAGAUUAUAACUCCUUCAAAACGAGCACCUCGUAUCUACCCGAGCCGUAGCUCGCGUAACCUGUCUGAGACCCCAGACUCUUCAUCUCGUCUGCCGAGCGUUCAACAGUCCGAGCGUAGCCAGACACCCGAGAAAAGCCCUCAUCUAACAUCGCCGAAGAUGAACAUGUGGGCAAUAAAUCCUGCAGCGUCAAAUGCUCGUUAUGUCAGACCGUGUUUAAACAUGCAGAAACGUGCAAUCCUCCGCGCACUUCAAUCUUUGCCAGAUACAAGAGCGGACGAAGGGGAUGAAGACGAGGAACAGCCUCGGAAUGAGACUGUCAUGCAACAACUAGAUGACCUGCUAAAAGCAACUGUUACGAGAGGGGAAGGAAAUAGUUGUUUGCUGUUAGGUCCUCGUGGUAGCGGGAAGAGUCGUAUUGUCGAGCGAUGCAUAGCCAAUGUGCCGCAGAAACCCAUCAUAAUUCGCCUGUCCGGCUGGACAGAAUAUAACGACAGGCUGGCUAUGCGGGAAAUCGCACAUCAACUGUUUCAACAGACAGGAACUGCAUACAACAUCGAUGAAAAUGAUCCCGAUGCAGCUGGGGAAGAUAGUCCUUUCCUUGAUACGAUAGAGACAGAGCAAAAUCGACUCCUACUUCCACCACCUUCGCAUCUUCCAGCUCUAAUAUCCACACUGCCCACUCUUUCAAGGCCCACCAUCGUUAUCCUCGACUCGUUUGACCUCUUCGCUCUCCAUCCACGCCAGGCGCUCUUAUACUGCCUACUCGACACAGUACAGAAUUGUCGCGCGGGCUCAGGCCGUAGCGCCCUAGCUGUCAUUGGCAUAACAUCACGGUUGGACACGACGAAUCUUUUGGAGAAGCGUGUUAAAAGUCGCUUUUCGGGGCGAACCUUACGAACCGCCCAUCCUCGGGUUUUGAACGCAUGGACGGGUCUCGUUCAAGAAGUUCUCAGCACACCUUUGUCUGGCAACGAAGACAACGAAGAACACGUCGAGACCUGGCAGAGCUCGUGGAAAGCCAACAUCGAGACUUUCAUUGCAGACGAUGCUGUGGCGUCUUUACUUCGCGAGGUGUUCGCUGUUAGCAAGGACAUUAGACUACUGAGACAUCUUCUUAUGGGCCUUGUUCUUCAAUUGACCGAAGCUUCACCUUAUCCUUCAGCAUCGCAUCUGUCGGCAGUCAUAUCCGCACAACGGCUCCGUCUACAACACGGAGAGCUGCACGCUUUACCAUAUCCGUCGCUUUGCCUCCUGAUUGCUUGCAUGCAUUCUCGAACGGCUGGACACGAUACCUUCACUUUUGAGAUGUUGUACGAAAGAUUUAUUCGACAAGUGCGCGCAUCGACAGCUGCUCCUGUACAAGUCAACGGCGGGAGCAUUGGCAUGGUUCGCUGUCCACGACCAGUCAUGAUGGGAGCCUUCGAAGAAUUCAUCGCCUCUCGUAUUUUCGUAUGCGUCAUGCCUGCAACAGCCGUCGUCUCGAAGGAGUUCAUCAAGUAUCGCUGUACAGUGGAAUUCGACGAUUUGCGGAAGGCUGUCGCAAGGACCGGGCACGCACAUCUCAAGCGGUGGAUGAACAAACCGCAAUAA